AUGAUCUCGAACAUACUCCUGCUGGCCCUCCCGCUAGCCCUCGCCUACUUGUUCUCGGCGCUGUGGCACCGGCGGUUCAAGCAGUUCGCCGACUUCCCCCAGCUCAAGCCCUCUCUCCUCUGGGGCCACUUGAAGGCCCUUCACGAGUUCACCUUGAAGGCAACCCCGGGCGUGCACCAUGAUGCGGUCCUCGCCAACGUCGCCAAGGCGCUGGGCAACCCGCCGCUCAUGAUGUUCGAUCUGAGGCCCGUCAGCUACCCGAUGGUCGUGGUCACCAGCCACGAGGUAGCCGAGCAGAUCUCGCGCGUGUCCAAGGCCUUUCCCUGGAGCACGCCCAAGUCGCCCACCAUGGGUGCGCUGGUGUCCCUGGUCGGACCGCAGUCCAUCAUCACGAAACAGAACGAGGAUUGGAAGCAGCUCCGCAAGCGCUUCAACCCGGGCUUCGCACCGCAGCACCUCAUGAGCCUCCUGCCCUGCAUCCUGGACAAGACGGACAUCUUCCUGGAGCGCCUCGACCGCUAUGCCAGCUCGGGCCAGGAGUUCCGCCUGCUGAAGCUGACCAUCGAACUGACCUUCGACAUCAUCGGGGCCAUCACCAUGAACGUCGACUUUGACGCGCAGCACUCCCAGUCGUCGGCCCAGGGCGAGUUCAUCCGGCUGUACGACCAGCUCCUUCAGGAGUACGGCGCCAAGGACGGCCGGUUGCCCUGGUGGAUGUAUCCGCGGCGCGAAUGGCGCCGGUGGCGGCUCGGCAAGCAGAUUGACCGGCGCCUGGACGACAUGAUCCGCCAGAAGCACGGCGAGCAGUUGCAGCUGAAGCGACAGCAGGAGGAGGAGGCUAAUGGCAAGGCCACUCGGUCUCGCUCUCGCGACAUCCUCAGCCUCAGCCUGCAGGACAGCCAGGAGCUCACCGGCGACCUGCUGUCCGAGACGCGCGACCAGAUCAAGACCUUCCUCUUCGCCGGGCAUGACACCACCGGCAUCCUGAUGGCCUGGCUCUUCUACGAGCUGUCCCGCAGCCCGCGCGUGCUGCAGGCGGUGCGCGACGAGCUAGACGACCUCUUCGGUCCGGACCCGGAUCCGGCCGUGGUGCGGCAGAAGCUGCUGGACCCGGAUCCCAACAGCGAUGGCGGCGAGGAGCUGAUCCACCGCAUGACCUACACUACGGCCGUGAUCAAGGAAGUGCUGCGGCUGUACCCGCCGGCGGGCACGGCGCGCAUGACCCGCCCGGGGACCGGCUUCACCGUGCGCACGCCCGACGGACGCAGCUACUGCCUGGACGGUACCAUCCUGUACAACUGCGCCACCAUCAUUCAGCGGGACCGGGCCGUGUUCGGCGACAACGCUGACGAGUUUUACCCGGAGCGCUGGCUGGGCGACAAGUCGGGCAUCAUGAGCGCCGGGGCUAAUAACGACAACGACAGCCACAACGAGCAGCAACAUCAAGACGGCAAUAACAGGAAGCAACAGUACCCGCCGGGCGCCUGGCGGCCGUUCGAGCGCGGGCCGCGCAACUGCAUCGGCCAGGACCUUGCUACCAUCGAGGCGCGCGUCAUCGUGGCGGCGGUUGCGCGGCGGUACGACUUUGUCAAGGUCGGCCUCGGCGAGCUCGAUCGCGAUGAGAAGGGCAGGCCGAUGCUGGACGAGGAGAAGGGCCAGUACAAGACCAAGUCGGAGGUGUACAACGUGAGUACUAAAUAA